AUGGAGUUUGUAUGUCUUGGAUUCAAGGUUAUUAAUGGGAAUUUUCAUUAUAAUAAUGUAUUAGAAUUUGUGGAGAUAGUGUAUUAAUAAAUUAAGAAAAGGGUUGAGAAGUUGGAAAUAACUAAUUAAAUGAUGGAUGCUAUUAAUGGAAAUUGA